CCAUACCCAACCCAUUAUCAAUGGGUCUACUUGGGUUUGGGUAUAAUUACCAAUGGGUGGGUAAUUUGCCAUCUCUAGCGAUAACAGAUUCUUUAUAAAUCGAGAGAGAGAGAGAGCAAAAAGGAGAAAUAAAGUAAAAUAAGAGAGACAUGGAGCGAGCCACAUCAGCGGCGGGUGCAUUCUUCUUCUUCUUCUUCAUCAUCGUCAUCAUGAUGUUCACAUUCCCGACGACGGCCAGCGUCGUCCAAGGCUACGGCGCCAGCCCCAAAUACUGCAGAGGUGACGUGGUGACCGAGUACGACGUGGCAACCUACUCAGCCUACGUGGCUCACGUGCUGUCCGAGCUGGCUACGGUAACGCCCACCGUAUCAGGCUUCCAGUACGGGACGGUGUUCCCCAACGACAACCCUGGUUCCGUCCAGGGCACGGCGUUGUGUGACGGCACGAGAGACGCCAGCCGUUGCGCAACCUGCCUCUCCGGUCUCCAAAAGUUGCUUUACGAUUCCUGCAGCAGCUACGAGGGCGCCGGUGCCAAAGGCGGCAUCAUUUGUGGCAUGGGUUUCGACAUAGUGGCCUGACCGCCUGAGCCAUGCAACUCCGAGCCGGGCCGAUCCAAUCUAUCUAAUCUGCCACGUACUUUGUCUAAUUUUUUUUUUUUUCAAUCCGAGAAGACUAAUGGAAAGUACGUACGUAACUACGUAUCUAUAUUAGCCUGGCCAGCUAAUAAUUAAUUAUCCGAAAACCGUUAUUAAUGAUGUCAAAACAAAAGCGUGCAAUCGAC